AUGUUCGGCUUCUCUAUGUUCAAGUCUUCCAAGGAGGAAGAGACCUCCCAGCAGCCUACCUGGAACCCCAACACUCUCACUAUGGAGCAGCCUACUAGCCCUGCCGCUCCCAAUCAGCAGCAGGUCGUGACUGAGCAGCCUGCCAGCCAGGAGCAGAUGAACAUGAACCUCCGCGGUGGUGGAAAUGGCGGUGGCAUCUGCUGCGGAAUUUGCGCCGGUCUGGCUUGUUUCGAGUGCUGUGAGAUCUGCUGUUAA